AGCACCUACAACCUCUGGAGGCGGAAGUUUUAUUUUUUUAUUUAUUUUUUUGCCGAGCAGAUUCACGGCAGACGGGAGUGUGCAAACAGUUCCUUAUAAGGCAUGCUUUGCUUUCUUUGCCCAAACACCUGCAGUGGCAGGGGCUUUGGAGGCAAGGCCAAUAUUUUUUUUUUUUUUUAAUGCAAAACAGAAAACCCACCCCUUGGCUCUCCUUUCCCUGCUUCUCACUGGCUGGACCCGCUUGUAAAAAGGGGAGGGGAUGAGGGAUGAGUAAGAUAUUGGAUGAGUAAGAUAUAAAGUUUUUCUCUGGGAGCGAGUCUUAGCACAGUCCGUCUCCGUGCCUUGUAAAGGGAGGACAAAAUCCUGAUUUAGCUGCUGGUGGCCCAGCUGGGAAGGUGAUGCUCAACAGAGCUUGGGAGAAAAGCUCAUUUUUUUCCCUGUAUUUUUACAGAGAGGGGGGGAUCCCCUUAAUGCUGGACAGCUUCUUCCUGGAUUCCUGAAUUCAAUUCCUUCACUCGUGCUUGCAUCCCGAAUUAUCCUUCCCUGAAAUUUGAGCCGGAUAGCGCCGAACACGACAGGAGCCAUGCAAGCUUGGACGCUCUUCCCCAUCAUGGCUUGUGUCCUCCUGACGCUCUGCCCCCGGGGGUCCACGACCAGCAUGGGCCACCCCCUGCCCAAACCCCUCCAAGGCCAAUACACCCCUCACCCAUCGGGUAGCCAUACCCCGCUCUCCGGACCGGAGAAAAGCUCUCCGGCGGCGUCCGACAAUUACGAAGACUACUACGAUUAUUACGACAGCUUUUCAACCACCAAGCCCCCCAGUUCCAGCUCCCCGGGGCCGCUGACCCCCUUUUGUGCCUACGACCGCUGCAAACACCUCCAGGUGCCUUGCGUGGAACUCAGCCAGCUGAGCAGAUGUUUGUGUCCUGGCGUCACCGGACCCGACGUGGCCCCGGACCCUCCCCGUUUACGAGCUGUCCACGUCAGCGAGACCAGAGCCAGCGUGCACUGGUGCGCCCCUUCUUCCACGGUCCACGAUUACUACCUGAAGUACCAGCUCCUCGGUGAGAACUUCAUUUCAGGGUCCCCACUAAACAGCACCGUCCGCUUCACGGUGGUCCCUGGCCUCGUCCCUGGAACCGAAUACCUCCUCUGUGUCGUCGCGGCCAACCGAGCUGGGUCCAGCCCGACGGACGAGGGCAUUCGAGAACAUGGGCCCUGCCGGCGGGUUCAAACCCCGGCUCAUCAGAGGACCUACGUCUACAUCGUGGUUGGUUUGGCCUCUGCUCUCAUCCUCGCGGGUGUCUCUGCCCUGCUUUGGCAUUUCUAUGUACGGAAAUCCAAGCCCGUUCAGCACGGAUCCUUGGAUAACAUCCUGGACGGAGAGGCGAGUUCGGGACACUCCGGAACCACCAACAGCUCGUUCCGGACGGAAGAACAGCUGUGAUGGUGUCGCCCCAUCGUGUCCUGUUUGGGACAACCGCAGAGUAUCUUUCUGCGGAGGGGACACUGAGGCACAAUCCUGGACUGGCUGCGCAAAAGGUGGAAGGCAAAAGGGAUCCGAUGCCGGAUGCUCAGAGCAAAGCUGGACGGCCGUUUUCAAAGCAAAUCGAUCCUCUUUACCCAGGCAGUUCUGGACUUAUGACUGUUUGCUGGGCGGCUGUUCAGCGUUGCGGCGGCAUUGAAAAGAAGCGACUUAUGACCCAGUCCUCACGCUUAAUGACCGUCCCAGCAUCCUCAUGGUCACAUGAUCAAAAUUCGGGCGCUUGGCAACCGGCGUGUAUUUAAAUGAAGGGGGCAGCAUGCGGAGUGACGUGAUCGGCACUUGUGAGCUUUGCAGCAGGCUCCCGACCAGCAAAAUCAGUGGGGAAAGCUGGAUUCACUUAGUGACUGUGUGAUUCAUUUAGCAACUGUGGCAAAAAAAAGGUUGUAAGAUUGGUCUGUUUCACAGCUGCCCUGCUUAGCAAUAGAAAUUCUGGUCCCAAUUGUCAUUGUAAGUCGAGGACUGCUUGUGUUCUCCCUUUCCUUCCUUCCUUCCUUCCUUCCUUCCUUCCUUCCUUCCUUCCUUCCUU